AUGAACGCAACGAUCCAGUCCCGACCUCUCGUACCACACAUCCCAACAAGCUGCUCGCAAUGUUCCGUCUCCCUAGAAUUUCCCGUCCCAUCUCCAGUGCCCCGGUCAGGCACGUUUCUCAGCGUCCAGUGCUUCAAUUGCCACACAGUCAUCACGCACGCCUUCUACCCCAACCAAAUCCCGAGCCAGUAUCACACUCAAGUCAACCUCGCGGGCCCAAGUGGGAGUAGUGGCAGCGGGGGCGGAGCGUCGUCUUCACAAGCGGCGCGGAAGGGCAGGAAGAUUGGCACACAGGAGAAGCCGCUGGAGACGGGAUACUACGAUCUGCUUGGCGUCUCAGUGGACGCGAGUACAGAUGAUAUCAAGAAGGCAUAUCGUCGACUGGCAAUCAAGUUCCACCCAGACAAGAACCCCGACGACCCGCACGCCGAAGAGCGCUUCAAAGAGAUCGCCAUCGCGUACCAGACCCUCUCCGACCCCGCCCUCCGCCGCAAGUACAACGAGUUCGGGCCGAAAGAGAGCGCGCCCGACGGUGGAUUCGUCGACCCCGAGGAGAUCUUCGGCACCAUCUUCGGCGGCGAACGUUUCGUGCCCAUCAUCGGCCACAUCAGCCUCGCGAAGGACAUGAAGGCCGCGCUGCAGGAAGAGGGCGAGGGCGAGGAGGCCCCGCGCGACGCGAAGGGCCGCGAGAUUCUGAGCCCGGAGGAGAAGGCGAAACGCGAUGAGAAGGCGAAGAAGCAGGCAGCGGAGAAAGCGGCGGCGCGCGCGGAGCGUAUACAGAAGCUCGUCGAGAACCUGGACCGCAAGCUCUCGAUAUUCACUGAGUCCGCGACGAGCCCGACCGAUCCCCAAGUCACGGAAAGCUUCCGGACUAUAUGCAAACUGGAGGCGGAGGAGCUCAAGCAGGAGUCGUAUGGCGUCGACUUGCUGCACGCUAUCGGGUUCGUGUACGCGCAGAAGGGCAAGCAGUAUCUUGCCUCGAACCAGACCUUCCUUGGCAUGGGCGGCUGGCUGCACAACGUACAGGGCAAAUACCAUGUAUUCAGCGAAACCGUGUCGACGUUGCGAGCAGCGAUGGAGCUCAAGGGCGUCUUCGAGCAAAUCCAGGCUGCAGAGAAGGCCGGCAACCUAUCCCCAGAGGAGAAGCGACGGCUCGAGGAGCAGGCGGCAGAGAAGGGUCUGCAGGCACUCUUCAAGGCAAGUUAUCGUGGCACGAAGCUGGAGAUAGAGUCGGUGCUGCGCGAGACUUGCGAUCGCGUGCUCGAAGACCCCUCCGUCCCCCGUGCGAAGGUGCAAUUGCGCGCUAUUGCUCUUCAAAUCCUUGGCGAAGCCUACAUGAGCGUAGUCAAGGACGAGGAUGUGACACACGAGGAGUCCGAAUACGUCCGUGUUGAGACGAAGAGCAGUCGGAAGAGGGACUCGUACCGUCCGACCCCUGCGACACCGACAUCAUGAGUGGAAGUACUUCGGUGGUGUCGUGUGCGGAGGAGCAUCAGUGUUCUCGACUCGUGUUAGUGUACGUUAUUUCCCACUCUGGUAGAUAUGUAGCUAUAUACACCUUCACGGC